CAGACUCGGUGAUCGCGACUCGCAUCGCAGAAGGCGCAGAGCUGCCACGACACUUGACAGCUCAACAAAGGCAACAAAGCCAUGUCGGCCUCCCUCUUGCAUCUUUACCCCGGGAAUGGCGAUACCUGAGAACCAUGUCGCAACAAGAUCCGUCGUCCGCCCUCACCUCCCGAGACAGCUCGGCCACCCUGCCUGGCGCAACAACUCCGCAGCUGCCUUCGCGUAGGCACACAGCGCAGCAGAUUACCCUCGUCGAUCGCACAAACCCCGAUCGCCCCGAGAUACAGAAUCCUGGUGAAGUCCAAUACGACGACGACAUCACCCCUGAGAAUGCUUCUCUGUCUAGAAGAUGGACCAAGCAGUCGCUGCAAGGCCACGCCCAUUCAUUGCAGGGCUCGGUACAGAACCGCAUGACAUCGCGCAAAUAUCGAAAUUAUCGUGAAGGAAGAUUUAUCGGUCCUGAGGACCCAGAUAACCCUUGCUCGGCCGACGAACUCUCGAGCAGUACGACCAAUCCUGGCAAGGUUGCACGUGGGAAGAACAGAGUACGGGGACUGUUGGGAGCUAAGAAACAAAUGAAGCUGGCGUUGGAAGAGGAUGCUGUCAUUGAUGUCUUGUACGAAAACCAACGAGGCUGGUGGUUCUUUGGCAUCCCGCAUUUCUCUUCAAAGACACUACUUAACUUUGACCCAAAGCCAUGGUUGAAUGGUCACAAGAAAACAAGCCCCGUCAACAUUACAAACGCUCAAGUCCCAGAUCCCAGUUGGGAAUGGGCUUGGAAGUCUUGGUAUGUCGACAUGUCGCGCGACGUCGACGAAGAAGGCUGGGAAUACUCGUUCUGGUUCAGUGAUGGCACAGCAUGGCACGGCACACAUCCCUGGGGAUACUCAUGGGUCAGACGAAGAAGAUGGCUGCGGAAACGUGUGCGGAAACAGCCACAGCAGGGCGCCCAACAAGGUCAUGCCUUCACCUCGGAAUACUUUACCAUCCAUCGCCCCAAGGCCGAAAGCAGAUCUAGCAGUUUUGUCUUUGACAGCGUGGCCAGACAGAAUCUGGCCACAGCGGAACACUACCUGGAAGACCCUGAAGAUGUUCGAGAUAUUGCAUCUCUCCUGAACAGCUUAAAGAGAGCUGCGAUUGACAGGGAAAAGAUCGUUCUCGUGCGACACUUCAUCGACAAUGGUGGUGAUGACCUGCACUACCUUGGCGAGCAGAUGGAAACGAUAAUGGCUCUUUGCAUAUUCCAAAACUCCCGCCGUUACAUCCUGACAAUGCUUUCCGAAAAACUCACAGCCGCCGAAAAGUCCCGCGACGAACACACAGCCCACGACGAAGAAGUUUCAGCCCAAGAACAGCAAAAGAUUACGAAUCUGGAAGCCGCAGUCGGAGCAGCAGACGAACAAGUCAAACGCCUCGAAUACUGGAGCGACGUCCGCGACAUGGCCCGCUCAGGCAUCACCUCCUUCGCCACCGACGAAGACAAAUGGGGCUAUUCUCGCUGGCGCGGACUAGACAGCUCAGGCCCCGAAGCAGAUUCCCAAAGCACGGCCAAGGAAAAAGGCAAAAGUUGGAAACAGGUCAAGAAGGAAGUCGACACUCAACUCAAACCCAAGGAUAGCAAGAUUGAUGCGCCGAAUGGGGACAAGAAGGAACUUAGGGUUGGAGAACGACUUGUGGAGUCGAGUGAGGAGGGUAAUUAUACCACUGCUGCUGAAGAUGUUGGACCCAAGGAUAAGGGAAAGCAGAGGGCUGAGUGAUUUCUUUUGUGUGCGAUUUUUCUCCUCCAUUGCAUUGCAUCACAUCGCUUUCUUGAUCCUUGUUUCCACUUUUGUACAGUAAUACCACGUCUUGGCCAUAUGUCGCUUGCGAAACACAUUGUAGUCACAACAAGAGAUCAUUGCUGCCUUUAUCUCACAGUCAAGUCCUUUGC